GUACGCGUAUUUCCAUUAGUAUAAACCGACGGUGGUGUGCAUCACGAGGCGAGACUUCACCAAGGCUGGCAACUCGUACGUCCUGAAGGAGCUGCCAGCCGGCAAUUAUUCGGUGAAGGUUCGAGCGACCAGCCUUGCGGGGAACGGCGCUUACACCCACGUGAAAUACUUCUACAUCGAGGAACGGAACACGAUGAACACGUUCUGGAUAGUGUUCUGGCUACUGUUCUGCGCGAUCCUGCUCAUCUUCACCUUGGCCGCGUUCUACGCGUGUAAACGGAAAUUCUUGAGGAACGUGCCCAACGUGACGCUGAUCGCCACCGUGAAUCCCGAGUACGUGAGCACCCCUUACGUGCUGGACGAGUGGGAGGUGCCCAGGGAGAAGAUCGAGAUGCUGAGGUCGCUGGGAACCGGCACGUUCGGCAUGGUUUACGAGGGGAUCGCGAAGGACAUCGUGAAAGGCAAGUCGGAGGUCCGAUGCGCGGUGAAGACGGUGAACAAGGACGCGACCGAUCGAGAACGAAUCGAGUUUCUCAACGAGGCGUCCGUGAUGAAAGGUUUCGACGCUCAUCACGUGGUCAAACUUCUCGGCGUGGUGACCCGUGGCCAGCCGACCUUGGUCAUCAUGGAGUUGAUGGUGAACGGAGAUCUGAAGAGGUACCUGAGGAGCCACAGGCCGUGCGAGAACAUGUCGAACGCGCCGCCAAAAUUGGACAGGAUACUGCAGAUGGCGAUCGAAAUCGCGGACGGGAUGGCGUAUCUGUCCACCAAGAAGUUCGUGCAUCGCGAUCUCGCCGCGAGGAAUUGCAUGGUUGCCGAGGAUUUGACGGUGAAGGUGGGCGACUUCGGGAUGACCAGGGACAUCUACGAGAGGGAUUAUUAUCGGAAGGGGAGCAAGGGUUUGUUGCCGGUCAGGUGGAUGGCGCCCGAGAGCCUCAAGGACGGCGUGUUCAGCAGCUAUUCCGACGUGUGGAGUUACGGUGUCGUUCUCUGGGAGAUGGUCACCUUCGCCUCCCAGCCUUAUCAAGGUUUAUCCAACGAGCAGGUGCUGCGAUACGUGAUCGAGGGAGGUGUCAUGGAGAGGCCUGAGAAUUGUCCAGAGUUGUUGUACGAGUUGAUGAAGCGGACCUGGAGGCACAAGGCGACCAGGAGGCCCACGUUCAUGGACAUCGCGACCAUGCUGCUCAAGCACAUAGAUUCGGAGAGUUUUCAAGAGGUCAGCUUCUAUCACAGCCCGGAGGGAGUGGAGGCGAGGAAUCAGAACAGGUCCAACUCGCCCCAGAUAAAUCAGCACCUGGAACUGGCCACGUUGCAAGAUCUGCAAGAAGAGGAGGCGGAGGGCGAGGAGGAUUCCCCGCUGCGGCAAGAUUUCGGCGACUUCGCGAGCUUCGAGCCGGCGAGCAUGAAGAACAGCUUCGGCUCCCGUUUCAGGAUGGACUCGUACGGCGAGAAUUCGAAAACGACCCCCAACUGCCAUGACAUGAACUCGUCGAACGUUCCGUUGAAGGCCGGCUUCGACGAUUUCGACGGCGUCUCCGCGGAUUCGAUCGCCUCCGCCAAGGACGCGUUGAACCUGCCCUUCGUCGAGGACAGCCUCAAAUCCGUGAAGAGUUCCCCGUUCGUGAACGCGAGGACCGGUUCUCGAAGCAACCUGAGCCAAUUGUCGACCAGCAACAGAUCCGGCAGCCCGAAGAACCCGAGCGGCAAACGGAGCUUCCUCGGCAGCCCCAACUCGUCCAAGCUGGCCGCGAACCCGGAUUACGAGAACGGCAGCCCGGAGAUCUUGUCCGCUGCUUGCGAGAAGAGGGAGACGGUUCCGCUUCGCCUCGACUUCCCGUCCAUCGACGCGAUCGACAUCGACAACGGGAUGGAGAAGAAGGAGCCGUUGUCCCCGGUCGAAUACGUGAACAAACCGUCGGAGACGUUGAACAACGGCUACAUAGGUGGCACGGCCACGUAGUGUUAACUCGGGGGUUAAUCGUUACACCCCCGAGAGGGUGCGACGUUCGUUUCGCGCGGAGGAGAGGAUCGAAGCGAUCGGAUCGGAUCGUGUUUGAACGUUUGAGCGAACGGAGAAGCGAGCGGGUGUGUGUGAUCGUAUGUUGAGUAAGUCCAGCCAGAUAUAUACAUAUAUAUAUAUAUGUAUGUAUGUAUGUAUGUAUGUAUGUAUGUAUGUAUGUAUGUAUGUAUGUAUGUAUACGCGGUGGAUGAAACAUCGCGU